AUGAGAGAGAUCUUGCACAUCCAAGGUGGACAAUAUGGUAACCAAAUUGGUUCCAAGUUCUGGGAAGUCAUCUGCAAUGAACACGGAAUCAAUUCAACCGGUCGUUACACCGGAUCAACACCCGAACUCCAACUCGAACGAAUCAAUGUUUAUUACAAUGAGGCAUCCGGUGGCAGAUACGUUCCUCGUUCUAUACUCAUGGAUCUCGAACUUGGUACUAUGGAUAGCAUUAGAUCUGGUCCCUAUGGCCAGAUCUUUAGACUUGAUAACUUCGUGUUUGAGCAAUCUGGUGCCAGAAAUAAUUGGGUGAAGGGGCAUUACACUGAAGGGGCUGAAUUGAUCGAUUCUGUUCUUGAUGUUGUUCGUAAGGAGGCUGAGAAUUAUGAUUUAUUACAAGGGUUUCAGGUUUGUCAUUCACUUGGAGGAGGAAUAGGGUCUGGAAUGGGGACGCUAUUGAUUUCGAAGAUUAGAGAGGAAUACCCAGAUAGAAUGAUGCUUACAUUUUCUAUUUUUCCAUCGCCAAAAGUCUCGGAUACUGUUGUUGAGCCUUACAAUGCUACACUCUCUGUUCAUCGGCUGGUUGAAAAUGUUGAUGAAUGUAUGGCUCUUGACAAUGAAGCUCUUUAUGACAUCUGUUUUAGGACCCUAAAACUCACCACUCCAAGUUUCAGCGACCUAAACCACUUAAUCUCCUCAACCAUGAGCAGCGUAACAUGUUGCCUCCGUUUCCCCGGUCAACUCAACUCCGACCUCCGAAAACUGGCAGUCAACCUAAUCCCCUUCCCCCGCCUACACUUCUUCAUGGUUGGUUUCUCCCCUCUAACCUCUCGUGGGUCCCAACAAUACAUUUCCCUAACCGUCCCCGAACUCACACAACAAAUGUGGGACGCAAAGAACAUGAUGUGUGCCGCGGACCCUCGCCACGGGCGAUACCUAACCGCGUCCGCUAUGUUUCGUAGCAAAAUGAGCACGAAAGAAGUCAAUGAACAAAUGAUAAACAUUCAAAACAAAAACUCGUCUUAUUUUGUUGAGUGGAUACCGAAUAAUGUGAAAUCGAGUGUUUGUGAUAUCCCGCCAACGGGGCUUUCAAUGGCGUCGACUUUUAUCGGGAAUUCGACUUCGAUUCAAGAGAUGUUUAGACGAGUGAGCGAGCAGUUUACGGUUAUAUUUAGGAAUAAGGCGUUUUUGCAUUGGUAUACGGGGGAAGGGAUGGAUGAGAUGGAGUUUACGGAGGCGGAGAGUAAUAUGAAGGAUUUGGUGGCGGAGUAUCAACAGUAUCAAGACGCAACCGUAGAUGAGGAAGAGUAUGAGGAGGAGGAGGAGGAGGGAGAAGGGGAGUAUGAGGGGUGAAAAUGUAAAAUGUAAAAUGGUUGUUGGA